AUGGAGGACUACGGUGCAGUAGUUAAGGACUUGCUGCGCCUGCCGCUGGCCCUAAGGCCUGGCGACCGGCUCAUUCCAAAAGUUGUGGAAGACGCCCUCUCUUGUGCCGAGGGCGUUGACCGGUCGCCGCGGUCAACGCUGACUGGAUUCGCGUCGGAGGGGAGCGACGCUCCCCCGGGAGAGGACUGGACCCCAGGGCCCGCGGCAGCCGAGAGCCGGACCCCGAGGCGCGUGGAGGCCAGGUUCCACUUCGCGGGGGUCUACGACGGGCAUGGCGGGGCGGAGGUGGCGCGGCAGGUGGCUAAAAACCUGCACCUGCACCUCAAGAAGGCCUUCGGCAUCGUCGCGGCGACGUCCCUGACCCAAUCCGUCGACGAGCACGCCCCAUGGGCCAGUCAACCAAAAGCCGUUGACGGAAUAUCUCGAGGCGCCGACGCGACAAGACGGGGCGCCGAUGUGACAAGACGGGACGGCGAUGCGACAAGGCGAGGCCGCGACUCCGAGACGUCGCGCCACUCCCGGCACCUGCCUCGGGGCCGCGACCUGACGGACGCCCUGUCACGUCACAGGGGACUGAACCUGCCACAGGUGCGCGAUGCUGUGGAGCUGGCCUUCUGCCUCAUGGACGGUCAGCUGCGGGGGACGGAGGCGGCGAGGCUGGCGGGGUCCACGGCGGUGGUGGCGUUAGUCAGCGGGUCGGUUGUUUGUGUGGCCAACGUGGGAGACUCGAGGGCGGUGCUGUCGAGGGGUGGGGCGGCCUGCAGGCUUACGAGGGACCACAAACCGUACUUGGAGGACGAGGAGGAGAGAAUAGUAUCCUGUGGAGGCGAGGUCCUGAAAUGUGGCGGCAGCAGAGUGAUGGGCGUCCUGGCCAUGUCGCGCGCCUUUGGAGACCACUGCCUCAGCAACUUCGGCGUCAUCUCCGAACCAGAGGUCGCUCUCAUCGAAACAAGCCCCGACGACGACUUCCUCAUCCUGGCCACCGACGGCCUGUGGGACACCAUCUCGGACGCCGAGGCAGUCGAACUGACCCACCGGUGCUUUGACCGCGCAUUGGCCGGCGCUGAACAAGUCAAACUGACCCACGGCGGCCCCAGGCAACUGGGGGCGGAAAUCGCGGCCAAGGUGCUCAUCAAGGCCGCGACUGAUCGAGGGUCCAGGGACAACAUAACCGUGACUGUUGUCGAUUUGAAGGGCAACUGCGAGCUUUAA